GUCUCGUUAUCAUAGACGUCGCGCUGGUCCACGGGUUACCGCGAUCUCUUGAAUCCAACAUUCUGGACCUAAUAUUGUAACGCGAAUAGGGUCCCGAUGAAAUUUCAGCCGAUUCAGGGGGUGUCGCAUUAAUUUCUGAGUGAUUCUCGAGGUGGAGGCCAAGGUCAGACACCGCAUUGGUUGCGGUGGAGUAGGCGCUCCUUUUUGAGCAAGUUUUCUCUGGCAACGAUAGGUGUGUCGUCGCGGCGCACUUCUCAAUCGAUAUCCUCAGGCCUGUGGGCGACAGAUGCUUUCUGUUUGAGUUUGCUCACACGAUCAUCAUUCUGGCAAUAUGCCUUUGGACGAAGAAGGCGCUAAAUGGUCAUGCGAGCCGUGUAUUCGUGGCCAUCGCUCCUCAAAAUGUCAGCAUUUCGAUAGGCUGAUGAUGAAAGUCCCCAAAGCCGGGCGACCUCUUGCUAAAUGCCCUCACCCGAAAGGCACGUGCAGCUGUCAAAAGUCGUAUGCGUUUAUGAUCCGCAUACCAAAAGGAACUACUUGUCUAUGUAGACCAGUAUAUCAAGUACCCGUGGACCCGGGCGAUCCAGCUCCGGCCAUGACUCCAACCCCAGCUCCUCUUGCUCCUACACCGUCUCCUGGUCCUGGAAAAAUCCAAAAGUCUUCCAAGCGACAAGUCAAAACGGCUCCAGAAACUAUCGCGAAAGCCCUGCAUUCGAUCCCGGACUUCAAGGAGCAGCAGACAGUAAAUGGAAAGCCAAGCGGCCUGUCUCCAUACUCAGGCAAUUCUCCAGAUAGCUUGGGUCUUGGUGCCGACACCCCAGGUGCUUUCCAGCCCCAAAGAGCGACUCUGCCGGAGAAUACUAAACCUCAAGGUGGGAGCUGUUGUUCGGGGAAGUCGAAGCAGCCGACACCACCGCCCCAACCAAAGAGUUGUUGCAAAAAGUCCGAUUCUCCCGUAAAGAAUGGCCACUUCGAGGGGGAGUCAAGCGAACGUCGGGAUGUUUCCUAUACUUCAUCGCUGAAUGGGAACUCUUAUACCCCAGUAUCGGCACCACCCUUCUCUCCCUGGCAGGACUUUCAAGCAACUGGACAGAAUCAAUACAUCGGCCCUUUCUCAUUUGACCAGCCGCAGACUGGAACCUCUGCAUAUCAUCACAACUACCUGUCUCAAAUGCCAUCGAAUGGCUCUUUCGGGUUUCCCAACGGUGGCAUUUCUAGCAACAUCGAAUUCAACCAGUCUGUCUUGCCAUCGUCCCUGCCGCACGAGCCGCAAAACCUUCACCCGACACCGGGUAGCUUCGACAACGAACCUGCUCAUGACUGUAGCUGCGGCGAAGGUUGUCAGUGCCUUGGUUGUGCUUCUCAUCCUUUCAACAAUACAACGAGACAGCACGUUCAAGAAAUGGGCUUGUUGGUUGCCCUCGAUGGAGAGCAAACCCUAGAAGGAUUCAACGGUUUUCAAAGCCCACCAGUACAUGGCAACUAUCCAGGUGUGCCACCGGUGGAUUAUUCACUUCCAGCGUUUAAUCAUACCAUGCCCAGCAGCACGCCACACAUGGGCAUGCAGACUUAUGGAGAAUUGGGUACGACCUCGAACCAGCUCAGCAAUGGCUAUUCCUCACCACCUGCCGAGUACACAUCCGGACAAAAUCUCAUGGAGCCUUCGGAGUAUUACACUCUUGAAUAUCCGGUAGGAUUGCCAUCUGGGUGCUCUGAUGUGACGGGAAGUUGCCAGUGUGGGAAUGACUGUUGUUGUGUUGGCUGCCUCACCCACAGUGGCCAUGAUGGCUUUUCUUUGGAGGCCACAACUGCAGCUAGUAUCGAAGCUACAACGGUGACGGCAGGGGAGCCGGACAGCAGCACUUAUAAGGGUGAUGCUAUGAGCGGCAUUCCUCCCUCUUCAACAUCCAUGCUCUAAAGCCUUUCUGCUAUUUGAGUCUUCUGAUUCUACCCAUGCACAUAUUUCCCCUUUUCUUGUUUACUUUUCGAUGUCGAGCCUGCCAUUCGGACGACUGAUGAUCAUGAUACCCCCGCAUAGAUGCUGGACACUAGAACUGUUUUUCUUGCUUUUCUUUGCUUGUUACGUCAGUCUAUUUCUUCCAAAUUCAAAAAGUCGCGUUGUCCUCCCCUCUCUUUCUUCUUAAUCUGUGUUGCUUCUGGCCUCUACAUAUCUAUAUCGGCUGUGAUUUCUCAGUAUAUAU